AUGAGUAUGGGAGCACCAGGCCGGGCCCGGUCCCCAGGACUCCUCACUGACCCAGACCAGGCGUCAGCAGCUGUUCUGGCCCCCGUGCGGCUCCCGCGUACUCUGCCCUCCGACCUCGUUCCUGUGCCUGUCAGUGAGGGUAACCCAACAUGCACGCUGGGCCACGACUUCCUGCGCAGGCGCAGUCCCGGUUUCCCAGCCCUACGGCCCGUUGCAGCGCGUUCAACGUUCCUUGGCGGCGGCGGCCUCACUUCCGGCGGCGUUGCUAAGCAACUGAGCCGUUUGGCAAACAUUCGGCCUGCUGGAGUUCUACUCGGCCAGCGUCGGAGUCGCCUUUCCAAGUCACAGAGUGCCAAGGGCACCCCGUCAGAGAUGCUGGUGCGGUUUGGAAGGCGCUGUGGACGGCCGAAGGAAGGCACAGAAAUAAAGAACUCUGAAGAAGAUCAAGCUCUCUAUCCACCUCUUCUACCUAGCAAGGUAGAUCUCCGGCAGGUUACCAUAAUUCCACACAAUGAGUGGAAAAGGAUUCAAGAUAGCCUUGACAGUUUGACAAGAGAAGCAGCAUGUCUUCGUGCAGAAAGAAAGGCAAAGAAAGAAAUGCAUUUCCGGUCCCAAGAAAUGGUAAAGCACUGGACUAAUACAUAUGCAGGGAUGAAAGAACAGAAACUUGAAGCCAAAAAGAAGCGUGAUGAAGAAAUAGAGGCAGAAAGACAAAUUCUUGAUAUAGAGGAAGAAAUAUACAAACAAGGAGAAAGAAAAAAGGCUAUUGAAUUUGCAAAGCAAUAUCAAUUUUACCAGACAGAAAGAGUGAAACACUUUCAUUCAGGACUUCUUCUUAGUAGAGUUAUGAAAGAACGUGAUGCACAGAUUGAAUCCCAAAAGAAAAAAAUAAAAUCAGAUAAAAAAUGGGAAGAACAAUUGAAACUCAGCAUUGAAAAAGCUUUUAAAGAAGAACAAGAAAAAGCAGAAAAACGACGCAGAGAUAGAAUGGCUCUUGCCAAUGAUCAUUUAAAACAAAUCAAGGAACAUAAAGAGGAAGAAGAAAGAAGGAGAAAACAUGAAGAAAAGGAUGCUAAGGAAAUAAAGCGACAAAAUGCAUUAUACGAAAUAGAAAUGAGGAAAAAACUAGAAAAGAAAAAAGAAGAGAUAAAUGAAAGCAGAAGACUGUUUUCUGAACAUAUGAAUGACAAAAAUAUCAUCAAAGCUGUAGAACAGCAGCAGCAAGAGGAGGAAGAUGAAAAGAUUAGAAAAUUUAUCAAAGCAAAAAAGCGUCUUACACAAAUAGGGAAAGAAAAAGAAGCUGAAACACACAGGCUAAUGGAAGAAAGGAGAGAAAGAAUAAAUAACGUGCUGAGUGAACUGAUAAAAGAGAAACUUGACAAUGAAGAUUUGAUUAUUGCUAGAGAUACUGCAGAAGCUGAGGCUGAAUGGGAAAAAAGAGAAAAAGAAAAAUAUGAAAAAAACAAAGCAGAAUUAAAAGCGAUUGCAGAAUAUAGAGCUGUUGUGAUGAAAAAUAAAGAGGAAGAAGAAAGACAGAGGAAACUACAGGAUAAAGAACAAUUGCUGGCUAUCCUGAAAGCAGAUCGGAUUUUCCAGGAGCAUGAAAAGGAGAAAAAACGCAAAGCUGAUAAAGAACGACAAGAAGUUCGAGAUGCCCAUAUUCAGCAAAUGGCCAAAAAUAAAUUUAACAGAAAGCAAGAAAAGCAAGCAGAAUUAGAGUAUUGCAGACUUACUGAAGCUCUUGUGGCUGAAAAGGAGAAGGAAUUUCAAGAUUAUGCCAGAGAAGUAAUUGAACUUGAGUCUGAAUCAACAAAUAAAUAUAUUUAUCCUCUUGUAAAAGCUGUACAGGAAGGACAUGGAGGUGGCUGUGGACCAGUUUUUGUGAACAGAGGUGGAUUAAGACCCAGUUAUCAGGCAAAUGAUGGCACCGGAGUCCAGCUCCCUUUCUAUAACUCUCAGGGAUCAAAAUAUAGUAAUUUUCAAAAGUCUAAGGGAAAGCUAGGUUUUACAUGGUAGAAAAAAGUUUAAGAUUGAGAAGACUUAAGUUGUAGCUAAUAUGAGCUACAAAUAAGUGAAUUUUAUGCUUAUAAUUUGUUAAUAAAGCUGCUUUUCA